AUAAAAUAUGUGAAUAGUGAAAGAAAUGAAUACGAUAUAACUAAAGAUUAAAAAUAUUGAUCUCCUUAUUUAAAAAAAUGUUUUGGUCAAGGUAUGUUUGAUAACAUGUGUUACAUAUAGAGGAAAAGGAAAAGCAACCAUAAAUAAAGGAUUAUUUUUGCUAUAACUUUAAAGAGAAAUAUAAGAUCCUACAAACUCGCUUUGACACUCUUCUCCAUUUUCCUUACCAAUUUCUCUCUCUUCUUUCUUUCCUUCUCCCUCUCUCUUAGUUUCCUUUGUUUCUAAUAAACAUAAUUAUCUCUGGUUGUUGCAUUGGAAAGAAUAAUAAGAAUAAUGGUGGGAGGAAAAGAUCGCUCAAAAGAGCGUCGUGAAAAGAGACUUCAAGAGAUUUCUCUGCUUCGCACCAUUCCUUAUUCAGACCAUCGACGGUGGUGGACCGCUGAAACGAUUGCAGUAGUAACAGGUGGUAAUAGAGGAAUUGGGUUUGAGAUCACCAAACAACUUGCUAAUCAUGGGAUGACAGUUGUACUUACCUCAAGAGAUACCGAGGUAGGUAUUGAGGCCGUGAAGGUCUUACAAGAAGUUGGAUUGUUAGUGGAGUUUCAUCAAUUAGAUAUUGUCGACCCUCAAUCUAUUGAGAAUUUCACCGAAUGGAUUCAAGAGACUCAUGGUGGCCUAGAUAUUUUGGUAAACAAUGCAGGUGUUAACUUCAAUGUUGGAUCAGAGAAUUCUGUUGAGCAUGCAGAGCAAGUUAUUAGAACAAAUUAUUAUGGCACCAAAAAUGUAAUCGAAGCUAUGAUCCCUUUGAUGAGGCCUUCGGCAUCAGGUGCUCGUAUUGUUAAUAUUAGCUCAAGGCUAGGCAGAUUAAAUGGCAAAAAAAAUAGGAUUGUGGAUGAUACAUUGAGGGAACAACUAUCUAAUGAAGAAUUGUUGUCAGAGGAACUAAUUGACGAUACUUUAAAAACCUUCGUAGAACAAACUAAAGAUGGUAGUUGGACAUCUGGUGGAUGGCCUCAAACAUUCACUGACUACUCAGUGUCAAAACUUGCUAUAAAUUGUUACACGAGAUAUUUGGCAAGAAAGUUAUCAGAUAGACCCGAGGGUGAAAAAAUAUGUAUGAAUUGUUUUUGCCCAGGAUGGGUUAAAACAGCAAUGACAGGUUGGAAUGGAAAUAUUUCUGUGGAAGAUGCAGCUGAUACUGGUGUGUGGCUUGCACUACUACCUGGACAACCAGCUAGUGGGAAAUUUUUUGCUGAAAGACGUGAGAUAAAUUUUUGAAAAACUUUGUCACAUAUGUUACAUUUUUUUGUGUUUAUUAAUGGUAGUUUUUAUGAUAAAAACUACCUUAUCAUGUUAGAAGAUCAAAUAAUGUUUUUGCUUUGUAAUUGUAAAAAGAAAACGAUUAGUCCGGUCAAUUUAUAGAGAUGGUUAUUAAAUUCAAAAUGAUGAUUAGAUUUAGCUCUGUUAAUUCCUUUAGAUUCAUUUCGUUGUGUUUUAACUCAAUGAUAU